AUGGCACAACAAUCUAAUGGCGGCGCUUCUCUGGCGCAGGAUCUCUUCGAGGAUAUGGGCCGUAAGGUCAACGGCUUCUCCAACGGCGACGGCGAAGACAAUCAACAAAAAGUUGUUGAAGAAAUCGAAUCGCUCUGCAUGAACUGCCACGAAAAUGGAAUCACCAAGCUUCUACUCACGAAGAUCCCGUUCUUCCGAGAAAUAGUCAUCAUGUCCUUCUCUUGCGAUCACUGCGGGUUUCACAACAACGAGAUCCAAGCGGCGGGAGAGAUUCAACCGAAAGGCGCAAGGUAUGCGCUAAGGGUAGAGAAAGGUGAGGAUUUGCAGAGGCAAGUGGUCAAGAGCGAUAUCUGCGUGUUCAGAGUGGAAGAUUUGGAUUUGGAGAUUCCCGCGGGGAAAGGACAAUACACGAACGUGGAAGGGAUCCUGAGCCAGGUCAAGGGCGAUUUGGAACAGCAUCAAGAGGCGAGAAUGGAGCAGAUGCCAGAAGUAGGACAAAAGGUGGCUGGCAUAAUAACCACACUUUCGGAUAUGUUGGAGGGCAGGAAAUACCCGUUCAUGGUCUCAGCGGACGACCCAAGUGGAAACAGUUCGAUCGAGCCAAAGCCAGGUGAUGCGGCUGGCAAGUGGGCAAAGAGCGAGUACAACCGGACACCGGCGCAGAAUGCAACGCUUGGACUAGGAGAUGAGGUGCCGCAGCCUCCAGCCGAAGCACAAGUAUCCGAGUCCACAAUGAGACCAGAGUAUCACUCCUCUAAUCUGAUUGGAGCAAACGGCGCAACACCGGCUGUGCAGCCCAAUAACGUGGAUGCAGAAGACGACAUCCUCGAGAAUCAAGUCUACAGCUUCCCGGCCUCAUGUCCCGGGUGCACAAAGUCAUGCACGACGAAUAUGAAAAUGGUCAACAUCCCCUACUUCAAGCAAGUCGUGCUGAUGUCGACAGUGUGCGAUCACUGCGGAUAUCGAAGUAAUGAAGUAAAGACAGGAGGCGAAGUUCCAGCGAAGGGAAAGAGGAUAACCCUGAAAGUUAGCACCGCCGAGGAUCUUGCUCGUGAUAUCCUCAAAUCGGAAUCUGCGUCGCUGCAUUGCCCUGAGCUUCAACUCCGUGUCGAACCAGGUACCAUGGGUGGCCGUUUCACGACCGUGGAAGGCAUCAUGACACAAAUUCGAAAAGAUCUCCGCGCACAAGCAUUCGGUCUCGAGGAUGGCGACGCAGCAGUGCCCGCAGGAGCAGGCGAUUCAAUGGCCGCGGACAGCAAGCAGCAAUGGGAGAACUUCUUCACGUCGCUGACCGAAGCCAUUGAAGGCCGAAGGGACUUCACCUUGGUCCUUCAGGAUCCGUUGGCUGGGUCCUAUGUGCAGAGCUUGACUGCACCGGAACCUGAUCCGAAGAUUGAGCUGGAGGACUACGAAAGAACAGAAGAAGAGGAAGAGGAUCUGGGACUCAAAGACAUCAAGACGGAGGGGUAUGAGCAAGACUAG